AUGUAUGGGAACGGCCCGAAAUACUUGACUAUACAUGAAAGAAAUCGAGGCUUCGUUUGUUGUUUUACUACUUUAGUAGGAAUAUGUCUUAACCACCCCUCCAACAACUGGUUCCCGACGCUCCGGAAUCUUUUUAAAGGUCUGCUUACAGGUCAGCUCAGCUUGCCAAUUCUUAGUUCUUAAAGAAUCUAGGCGAGGCUAUGCAUGAAGACGUAAUACUGCGGCAGAUGGACUUGGUAGGUGUGGUGUGGGAUACUCACAUCAAGAAAUACGGUGAAAGAUUUGGUAUGGGUGGAACAAUACUUCCUCUUCUCUAUCAUUCAUUUUUACCUCUGAUAUAGAAGCUUUUCUCGUGUAUAAAAAGUCCCUCCUCCCCUCUAACAUCCCUCAUCAUUACUCCCAGUCCCAGUAAUUCAGUCCCCUCAAUCCAUCCCCCAUCCAACCCCACACCCCCUAUCAAAAAAUGCACUUCCACCUCCCCUCCCUCCUAGCCCUCAUAACCACCACCUCACUCGCAGCUCCCUCCCCAGUCUCCAACGAACACACAACCGGGACCCUCGAAAAACGCAUCACGCAAGUAUACCCCCGCACAUUUCCUCUCCAAAACUGGACUACUAACACGAAAAAAAAGCCACACCGGUCUAGCAACCGUCUACACCCAACAAGGCGGAACCGGAUCCUGCGGACAGCGAAACCCAGAUUCGUCAUUCAUCGCUGCGAUCUCUACGUCCUGGCAGGGGAGCGGGUAUCCACCUGCGUUUUGUGGGAGGAAGGUGCAGGGUAUAUUCUAUUCUAUUCCUAUCUUACCUACUUUCAUAUCCAAAGAUACAAAAUGGAGUUUGUAUGUUUUACUAAUAUCUUUAUGGUGGUUAGUUACCAACGUAGGAAGUAACGACGGCGUCGGCGGGCAGGGAAAUACCAUCAUUGCGACGGUCGAGGAUACCUGUCCUGGGUGCGAUGCGGACCAUAUUGAUUUCUCGGUUGGGAGUUGGAAUCAGUUGACUGAUAAUGCUGCGUUUGGGACGGCGAAUAUUGAGUGGUGA